UAGCUGUCCGGCGCAAACUCAGUACAUUCCAGCACCCCGGAAGUAAGCUGUUCGAUGUGAGUGGCGGGAUUUGCCUGGAUUUGAACGUGAUUUGAUCUUAUCUACAGUGUAAACAUGCAAUACACCGGAGAUCGGAGAUAUGUCUGUACUACCAUGAACGUUUUAGGCUUGACAAGAUGAACUAGAAUUCAGAGGAAAUGUCUGAAGAUACGGAAAAGGGCGCAGGAGAGCCCAAACCCCUUGCCCACAUCACCCGCCAGGCACUAAAGACCCACAGCGGGGAGUUUGAGUUGGACAGUAUCACUUACAUCAACUUUCGUGAUAGAGGUAUCAGUGACCUUGGCUGUAUUGGAGAAUGCACAAACCUGCAGCAUCUCAACGUGUCCAUGAACGACAUCUCACGCCUGGCACCGCUCAGCUCACUGAAACACCUGCUGACCCUGGACAUAUCAGCAAAUAGGAUCACUCAGCUGGAUGCUUUGAAAGAUGCUGACAGUCUUCAAACCCUUAAUGCAGCUGGAAACCUUAUCAGCAGUAUUGACAAGCUUGCCUGCCUGGCUAAACUGGAACAUUUCUCCAACCUGAGACUUCAAGAUAAAGUACAUGAACUCUUUAACCCAGUGUGCCAUGGUGCCUCCUACAAAAAGCGGGUUUUAUCCAUGAUGCCCAGGCUGAAAGUUUUGGAUGGUGAGGUGCUGUCAGGUAAAGGGUCGGAGGUGUUCCGGAUUUGCUCGGAGAUUGAUGCUACCCUGCAAGCUGCACACGACUCUGGACUCUAUGCCAUAAAUACGAGUAAGCCCCCUAGUGGUGCUAGUGGCAUACCUACCAGUGGUCCAAUCCCAGAAAUGAGCAAACCCCAGCCCUGGUUUGCCGGUGACUCCUUGAAAUUGAAGGACACUAAAGCUCAAGAUGCUGCCAUCGAUGAUGUUACCAAGAAGUUCAAGGAUGUGUUGGUAGACUGCCAAAGGCUUCAGGAGGAGGGUCAGAGGGCACUGGACCAGGCCAAGUCUUCAUCUACCCAGCAAGGCAUUGAUCAUCUCAAGAAUCUAGACCUCUCCAUUUAGAUGGGUCCUAUCUGGGUUAUGGGAGUUGCAGUAUUUGUGCUCUAACUAAGAAUUUUAUUUUUACAAACAGGUCCCAAUUAAGGCACAGUGUCAGAUUGUGUUGUUGAUAUCCAAUGUGGCGGUUGCUCAUUAGCCUUCUUGUCAUUUCUGAAGCAAUUUAUAGAGGAUUUGAAUCAGUCACUUUUAGCAAUCAUUCUUGUCAGAGAUCUUUAAGAUUUGUGUGGAAUCUCUUGGUAUUCCUGAGACUAGCCUGAUUUAAUCAAGCUCCUAGCGGUUCAGACAGACUGACUGGUCCCUUAUGGACCAAUUAGUCUCUGGCAGGAAGGGAUUGUGUGACACAGACUGUCAUCAGAUCAUCUCUACAAAGGUUUGUUUUCUUACAAUUGUCCUAAAAUGUAAGUGCCUUCAUUGCAUCUCAGAACCAGUGUGUGUGUGCUUAAUAUCAUCAACUGAUCUGUGCCAACUUGCUAUUGAGGUAGAAGUGUUUUGACCAUGACAUAUACAUGUAUGUCAAUGGUUUUAAGUUAAGGAAAUCACCUGAGUGUGCUUUUUCUGCAUCAUUCACAAAAACGUUGGAAUUCGAUUUUUGUCUGUGACAAAUUUCUAAUUAAGUUUGUUUGGCGUUGACUUUGAAUUCUAUAGACGUUUAUGGAAUAGGAAAGUCUUUUUUAAAUAGAAUGUAUGUAUAUUUCAGAGCCAGACAUAUUAAUAAAAAUAAUGGAAUUAUUUUAGUCUUUUUAAGUCACUAUGUCAUUUACAGAGACUAACUUGAUACAAGGAAAUGGAAUGGAUUUUAUUGUUGUGCACAAUAUCAUACAUGUGUGUAUAUUAUCACAAAAAUUGUUUUCUGGGCAUAAAAACAGAUGCAGACAAAAUAAAUUGAUAGACAAAAAGACUGUCAUAUGAAACUUUUAUUGGUACAUAAAAUACAACACUACAAAUUGGGGCUUCCUGUAAACAUGGAGAAAUAUAGAAAUCUCUCAACAUUCUUUCCAUUUUCCAAAGCACUUUUUUUGUAAAAGCCAGUGGCCUAAAUACCUAUCAAAUCUGUUCCAGCUAGCAGAAUUUUUGUUUGGUGACAAGUCCCCAAACUUGUUCCCAAAACACUUUCCAUGUUUACAUGACAAAACUAGAAAUAAGACAAAUACAUAGUAACUUACAAACUUCAUAUCAUCACAAUGUGUUAUAAAGAUGUUACAUAGCUGCCAACAUCAAGGUUUGUACAUCUUAAAAGCAAACAUUUAUCCCAGGGCAAACUUGCAUUUUUCCCAACAAUAGAUCAAGCAAGGACAUUGUAUAAUGUCCUUGGAUCAAGUAAAUGCCUAACAUUCUAGGCCAGCCCCCACUAAUUUUGGGUGGGUCCAUCUUCAAAUAUUUUGUUUAAAAAAGAUAAUGAUAAACUUUUUGCACAUGUGGCACAGGCUAAAAUUGCCUUGACUUACGCCAAAGAAAGUAGGAGGCCACAACCUACCAAGGUCAGAAAUCAUUGUUGGCAGCGACGUACAACAGUGCUUUAAGUCUCUAUGUUAUAGUGCAAAUCUGACACGUUGCUCUACACACCCACUAUCAGAUCAGCACUUGUAUACAAAAACAUCUAACCAACAAGUUGUGUCCCCUAUAUCCCAAUCUAGGAUUGUGUUCUACCCAUGGCACAAACAGUUUGGCUGGUAUUGCUGUACCUAUCUCACCUGACAACCAUCAUUUUAUCCAACAUUUAUCAUGCACACAACAGACCACAGUUUGAGAAAACAUCUGGGGUGACACGGACAUUUGUACCUCACUGACAUCAAUUGGACAACUUUGUUUCAUUUCUGCUAGCAGAAAGGCUGUUAAUUUCAAUCUACUGAUGUUCUCUCGUGCUGCUUGAAAUAAUUUUGUUAAAUAUGUAGAAUAUGGAACUGGAGUUAGAUUUGUUGACCAAAGACAAUCUUUUAAAAUUACCAUUAUUGUUUUGAAAACUUGGCAAUCAGGUGAGAACAAGUCAUUUUGAUGUUGGUUUUGCCCCGACUCAUAGUUUAGAUCCAUUAGGCAUGCUAUUCCAUAGAAUAUUCCAUCAGUAGCCAGGUAGGAUGAUAAAAUAGUAUAGACUAGAAUGAUGUAUGUAUCUAUGGUACUGUUGACAUGGCAAAACAGUCAUGAUCCUGAUGGCUGCAGGUGGUGAUGUUAAAGUAUGCAGCAUGUAAAUCUGUUUCCUUGAGGAGUUAGACACUGAGCAGAGAUGCUGGCUCUACUAUAAGGCAUGCACAUGUAGCACCAAGUAACAUCAUACAUAUAAGCACCUAUAACAUAACCUCAGGGUACAUUACCAGUGAUACACCACUUACACUUGGACAAGUAAGGCCCACACAUAAUGGCAAGCUUAAGCUACUUUGUGCAAACAUGUAUCUGACUUACAGGUCAUGUCAGCAUGAGAUCAUCAUCACAUC